AUGCAUACCACAUCCUCAAGCACAACCCUUCAACCACCGUCAUUACCACCACCACCACCAGCAACUGCUAUUUUGCCAUCGACUCCAGCUCAUUCCAACAUCUCACAGACCGAGUCGCCGUCCUCGUCCUCGUCUUCUUUUUAUCCCACCAUGCGAUACCCUUUGGCCCGAGCAACCACCCCUCCGAGUCUUUUGUCUUUUAGAUCGAUGAGCAUCUAUCAACAGCCAUCUCAUGAAGGAUACAAGGAUCAUACAAGCAAACGCCGUGGUUCCAUGUCAACAUUUGUAACCACACCCAUGGAAGAUGAAGAUGAUGAUGCCACUACCACCAAUGGCAAUGGAUACUACCACCACCACCAUCAAAGCAAUAGCAAGAAACGAGUGAAAUUGGAAACAACAACAACAACCAUUACAACAACAACCACCACCGCCAACAACAUGCCAUCCCCUUACUUGGAUGAUGAAGAAGAUGGAUUACUACCCAUGGUCACUAGUGAUGCCUUACGACAGCUUCCAGAUAUGGUCCAUGCUUAUGAUUCCCUUGCACCUAGUUUGCAGAGUUACAUUCUAUUCCAAUUGUUGAAACGCUCCCCUACCGAUACGUUGCAAUUUGUCAAUGCCAUGGUGACCCCUGUUCUCAAAAGGGAUUUUCUUGCCUCGUUACCCCUGGAAUUAGCAUUGAAUGUCAUUAGCUAUCUUGAUGCCCUUACGCUUUGUCGAGCAGCCUGUGUCAGUCGCAAAUGGCGUUCGGUAGUGGAUUCACAUCCAGCCACAUGGAAACGGCUCUUGCAGCGUGAUCGACUUUUGCCUUCUCAUAUGAUGGAUAACAAUGAUGAUGGCAAUGAAGAUCCCAUGGACGUGGAUGAUGGUAGUGGUGGUGGUGGUGGCAUCAAUCGAUACAAGGAAAUCUAUCGUCGACAAUACACAUUACGACAAAAUUGGCGACGAGGACGAGCACGCCGUAUUCGUUUCCAAGGCCAUCCACCGAGAACGGUAGUCACGUGCUUACAAUUUGAUGAUGACAAGAUCAUUUCUGGUGCCGACGACCACCAUAUUCAUGUGUACGACACUCGCACGGGCCAGCUACGACAUGCAUUAACAGGACAUGAAGGUGGUGUGUGGGCAUUACAAUAUGUUGGAAACACCCUCGUCAGUGGAUCCACCGAUCGUACAGUACGUGUUUGGGAUAUCGCCAAAGGUCUUUGCACACAUGUCUUUAUUGGUCACACAUCCACCGUACGCUGUCUUCAAAUCGUGCAACCUACCAUGGUCAAUGGACGUCUUGAGCCUAGUGUGCCUCUCAUUGUCACUGGUUCGCGUGAUGCAACGCUGCGUGUUUGGCGAUUACCCGAUUUGGAUGAUGAACAAAUGAACAACAAUGAGACCUAUCAUGGUGAAGGGGGUCCUCGUUGGUUCAUGCAUUCACUUACAGGCCAUGAACAUUCGGUGCGUGCGCUCGCAGCCCAUGGUAAUCGUUUAGUGAGUGGAAGUUACGAUUGCACAGUAUGCGUGUGGAAUGUGGAAGAAGGUCGAAUGCUGCAUCGUAUGGAAGGCCAUGUGCAAAAAGUGUAUUCAGUCGUCAUCGAUGCAGAACGUCAACAUUGCAUGAGUGGAAGCAUGGACAGCACAGUACGCAUUUGGGAUAUGGAAAAUGGUCAUUGUCUCAAGGUGCUCGAUGGUCAUGCCAUCCUCGUUGGCUUGUUGGGUUUAACAUCAAAGUACUUGGUAUCAGCUGCAGCAGACGCAUCGCUUCGUGUAUGGUCUCCAGAAACAGGUGUAUGUCAACACGUCCUCACAGGUCAUAUCAGCGCCAUCACUUGCUUCCAACACAAUGACGAAAUGGUCAUCUCAGGAUCCGAAGGCGGUCUCAAAAUGUGGGAUAUCAAUACCGGCAAACAUGUCUGUGAUCUUAUUACAAACGUAUCGGGUGUUUGGCGUGUCGCUUUUGAUCAACGACGUUGCGUCGCCACCGUUCAUAGGGAUGAUGUCACGUCGUUUGAAGUGCUGGAUUUUGGAGUGUAUGGCUUAGAAGAUACAUAG